GCAAUUGUCCACGUGUCUAACCUGAUCUCUACUGGGGACUUUGAUAGUCUUGAGGGUCUUGUUACUGAUGAGGCUAUUGCAGAGAUAAGACGUAACUAUGCUGACCUGAAUGAUGACUGCAGGGCAAUGAUUAAAGUGGACCCGGGGGACCUAUUUAUGCGCUUUAUGUAUGAGAUAGGAGUCGUAAUGAAUGACGAGACAGAGCAAAGGUUUGUUGAGAUCACUGUUGUCUUACAUGGGCUACAGGGAUGGAAGUCAUGGAAAUCAGAAAAUCAGAGUCCAGGGAUGACGUUUGAUCUUGCUGAAACUGAGAACUUAUAUGUAUGCAACUACAGGUUUAGAAGGGAAUACACAAAGGGUGUAGAAGAUGAUUGGACAAUUAACAAACUGAAUCACUUUACGCCAUCAGGUCACACCCAGAGGAAUCCAUAUGGUCCUCGAUGACCCUAAGCAAAUGCUAGAAAUUCAAGGGCAUUUCUAAAGAAAAUUCAAUGAAAUUUUCUCAUUUGGCACACCAUUUACUGGUCAACAACUCGGUGCAUGUCAUAACAAAAUAUAAAUAAAACAGGUUUUGCUUUGAAAAUGAAUUUGAUUUAUAAAAAUAUUUUGUACAUGUAGAUGGGAUCUACACUAAGUUUGAUUACUUGAUUUCUACAAGUAUUGCUGGCUGGCAGUCAGUUCAGUGCUCCAUUAGCAAUAGAUUUCCCAAUUCCAUUGCCAAGAGCAACACUGAAUCACUAACACUGGUAUGUUUAAGAUGUACCCUUGUUACACAUUUGUUUGGACAGUCAAUUGAGGAUCUUCAGCUGAUGUUAUAACAUGAGGUUGUGAACUUUAACCAAAGAAUGCCUAAGUUUGCUGACUGCAAUGUCAAAUAUUGGAUAAUAUUAACAUGGCUGACUUAUGUAGAAUCAGAAUUAAAGAUUAAUUUCCAAAAGAUUUCAAAAUGAAUUUAAUUUUGUUAUAGGUUAUAACACAGUGUUGUAAAGUACAAGCUAUAUUUCUCAAAAUCAAGGGAAUCCAAAUCAGCACUGCCCAGAGACAUAAACAAUACCCAGU